CAUCAUGGCCGCCCUUUUCGUUUCGUCAGCCCUGCGGCACGUGUCGUGAAAACCGACUUAAAUAGCGAAAACUUGAAGUAGGGUACCAUGGCGAAGUCAAAGAAUCACACUUCCCAUCACAACAAUAGGAAGGACCACAGGAACGGGAUCAAGAAGCCGAAGCGCAAUCAGACUGAAUCGAUGAAAGGAUGCUGUCCGAAGUUCCUCCGUAACCUCCGUUACAUCAAAGCUGGAACCCGCAAAGCAUUGAAGGAGCAGAAGGCCGCCGCCAUCGCCAAGAAGUGA